GGUGUCUAUAAAAGAGAAUUUCCACACAUUCAUCUAAACCCACAAAAAUCUGUAACUGUGCAGACAACAUUCAACAUGCCUCGCCGAAGUUCUGGAAGGUCUGCUUCUCGCCCAGCCCCUCGUCUUGCUCCUGCACGCAGCCGGCCACAUCAAUCAGCUCAACAUGCUCCUCCUCCAGCUCCUGCUCAGAGUGGAAGUGGUAGAUCCAUGCUCGGAAGCAUAGGCUCUACCAUAGCUGAGGGCAUGGCUUUUGGCACUGGAAGCGCCAUUGCUCACAGGGCUGUUGAUGCUGUGCUGGGUCCUCGGACCAUUCAACAUGAAACUGUGGUUUCUGAGGCUGUAGCUGCCCCUGCACCUGCGACCACAACUAAUAGUUUUGCCGGCUCUGAUGCAUGCAGCAUCCAGUCCAAGUCUUUCCAAGAUUGCCUGAGCAGCAAUGGAAACGACAUCAGCAAGUGUCAGUUCUACAUGGAUAUGCUGUCCGAGUGCAGGAAGAACUCAGGAUCCAUGUUGGGUGCCUAAGUUCAGUCCCCAUUUGUUACCGUGAAAUGGUGUGUCAGCUAUGGAUUUUAGUUUCGUUUCUCUUUUGUUGAAGCUGAACUCCGUCAGUGGUCGAAUAAUCUCUAUAUAGAGAAUACUCCGUCUAAAUAGUUUCAAUGAUUGAACCUUGGUAUUAUUGAAUUUUCGACUAGUUUCCCAUCAUUUAUACCUCCAGUGAGAGGUGAUUUUGGAUCAAAUCAAUCAAAUGCAAUUGAAAUUUGAUGGUUGCUUAUUCUUGCAAUGCUUGAACAAAUUGUUCUGAGAUGAUAUCUUCUAGUUCAGAUGUUAUUCUACUCUCUCAGACUCCCUCUUAUCGUUCUUUUCUUUGCCCUCCUUUUAUUUUGUGGUCUAGUAUGGAUUGCGGAAUAUAACAGCUCACACAGAGAAUGUAGGGAGGCGUUAUUGGGCCAGG